CAUUGCCGAGGCCGAAUCCUCGAUUUCAAGACUUGAUGUCUGAAGCUCGUACGCAUUGGGGUCUCUCGUGCCCUAACGGAGGCAGUUUCUACAUCUGUGAAGAUGACGAUACCCAGUUCAUAGGUUGUUGUGUCAAUGAUCCCUGUGGCAGGAAUAACGGAACCUGUCCUGAUGGUGAUUUGCGAGCGACGACCUUCGACUGUGAUAAAUACUCUCAACUUCCUCAGCAGGACUGUGACAACUCUCAAGGUGUCGACAACUGGUACUCAUGUGCCCAUACCGACCCGCCUUUCCUAGGAUGCUGCAGCCAGAACGCUUGUAGCUCAGGCUGCCCAAGGUCAAGGCUUGCGCCAGCUAAGCUAUCAGAAGUUGAGAAUAACAGACUCGAUUUUCUUCACCCUAGUCAAAGCGAAAGCUCUACUGCCUCGAGUGUGUCCGCGACAGCCUCUACGACAGCUUUGAGCACCUCAACAGUUGAUGCAAAUGAGAGCGAUGGUUUGGGAACUGGAGCUUCUGCCGGCAUCGCCGUGGGUGCAUCAGUUGGAGGUCUAACUGUCCUCACCCUCGUGGCCUGGCUAUUCUGGUGGAAGCCCCGACAGAAGAACAAGCAUCGACGAGAACACAAUGCCAGUUACAGUGUGCCUCCAGCUGCACCAACACUGACGGCGAAUCCAUUCUCACCUCCAAGUGGUCCUAUUCAUCCGAGCACAUUCAUCGCCCAAUCUCCCAUAAGUGGCUAUCAACAGUCAUUCACUUCGUCUCCCACGGUUAUGAACCCAUACAAUGGCGGUCUAUCUUCUGUUGAACAGUUCCGAAAGUAUUUUCCGAACAUCUCUCCAUCUGAACGACCGCAAUCCUUCACACACUUUCCGGAGCACAGUGCCCAACAUGCACACAGCCCCAACUUUCUUCCUCCGUACCAGCAACAGUACAAUCACAAUCACAACCAACAGCAGAUGGGUGUCGCUUCAGAGAUGGUUGGCAGUACGACACUUCCGCAAGAAAUGAGCACUGGUGCAUAAUAUCGCAUCGGCCGUCACUCGAGCAUUGGUCCAGAGACAGAGUUGAGCCUCGCCAGGCCGUAAAUGAGUUGAACAAAGAACCUGGCAUCCAGUGAAUAUUGAGGACUUCCCAAAACAUACGGUUGGAUUUGACCCAGAUCCUCAGUAGUAUCGUUCUACAAACAAUAAGAACUGCGGGCAACUGUGCGCAGUGUCAUACAUUCCUUUGGGCG